AUGGCAAGAACAAAGCAGACAGCAAGGAAGUCGACCGGAGGUAAAGCACCUCGUAAGCAAUUAGCAACUAAAGCAGCCCGUAAAAGUACUACUCCCGCAGUUAGUGGAAGUAUUAAACGUCCCCAUCGAUACCGAGCCGGCACCGUAGCCUUGAAAGAAAUUAGGCGCUACCAGAAGUCUACUGAGCUUCUUAUUCGUAAACAACCCUUCCAGCGCAUGGUUAGAGCAAUCUGCCAGGAGUUUAAAUCUGAUUCUCGAUUCCAAGGAAGUGCUUUAGCUUCUUUACAGGAAGCGACUGAAGCCUUCAUUAUUGGUUUGUUUGAAGAUGCCAAUGAUUGUGCUAUUCAUGGCCGCCGAGUGACAGUCAUGCCACGAGACAUUCAACUGGCUAUGAAGAUUCGGGGAAGGUACCGAUAA